CCUGACGUCAUCAGCAGGCGACCACCCAGCACCCACUACUACAACAUCUUGUAGUUUUGAUUUAGUUGUGUUUCCUUUACCUUUAAAUUGGCCCGUAAUUGAUUUACGUCCAACCUGUUCUUCUGGAUUAUUGAGCUAUCUGUUCUUUGUAUAAAUGCAGGAGGCCAAAACGAUGAUGGAAGAGAGUGGAAUAGAGACUACACCCCCCACCUCACCUGCACCUCCACCUAAUGAGAUUGCCACCACCUGCCCCCCUCCACUCACCAUUGGCCUCUCUAGUCCCAUGACCCUUCCCAGCACUACUGCCAUCCCCAUUUUUUCACCAGAGAGUUUCUCCAGCCCUGCAGCCCCCUCGUCCAUUCCCCCCAACCGCUCAUCCGCCCCCUCGCCCUUUGGCAGUCCUCUGCCCCCCAUGUCCUCAUCCAGCCUCCCCCCUCCUGCCAUGCCCAGAGGCCCCUACAGCAGCCUAAUGGGGGGGAUGGCUUUGUCCUCACCCUCAGCCCCACCCCCGGCCUCCUCUGUCAUGGCCCUGUCUCCUUCUUGUCCUCCAAUGAUGUCAGCCCCACCUGUUGGCCCACCGACCGGAGGUUUCAGCAUGAGUGCAGGAUAUGACAUCACGCGGGGUCAUGCCGGGCGCACACCACAGACUCCACUCAUGCCCAGUUUCUCCAGCCCCACCCCUAUGCCAGGGGUGGUGACAAACCCCAUGGUCCAACAACCAUUGAUGUCAGGAGGCAUCGAUGCUGGCUCACCAAUCACCUUCCCAGAAGAAUACGAGGACUCCCGCGUCAUCCCGGACACCAGCGCAGGGGGUGGUAUAUGGGGCUUCUUCAAGGGUGUAGCAGGAAACCCCAUGGUGAAGACUGUCCUGGACAAGACCAAGCACUCUGUAGAGUCCAUGAUCACCACCCUUGACCCUGGCAUGGCUCCCUACAUCAAGUCGGGUGGGGAUCUAGACAUUGUGGUGACGUCAGAUAAGGAGGUUAAAGUGGGGGCAGUGAGGGAUGCCUUCCAGGAGGUGUUUGGAAUGGCAAUGGUGACCGGAGAGGCUGGCCAGUCCAACAUUGCUCCACAGCCUGUGGGCUAUGCCGCCGGAGUCAAGGGAGCCCAGGAGCGCAUAGACAGCCUGCGGCGGGCUGGCAUCAUCCAUGAGAAGCAGCCAGUAGUUUCAGUAGAGAACUUCAUCGCUGAGCUUUUCCCUGACAAGUGGUUUGACAUCGGUUGUUUGAUCCUGGAGGACCCUGGAGCCGGCAUCCACAUUGAGACCUUCACCCAGGCAACACCACUGGCCUUAGAACAUGUUCAGCAGGCCCAGUCCCUGACACCCCCGGACUACAGCCUGCGCUGGUCGGGCCUGCUGGUGACGGUGGGUGAAGUCUUGGAGCGAAACGUUCCCAACAUGAGCCGGACAGACUGGCACCAGGCCUUCACAGGCAUGUCCCGGCGACAGAUGAUCCAGAGUGCUGCCAAGGCGCUGGCAGGCAUGUAUCAAAAGCAGCUGCCCCCAAGGACUGUGUGAACAUGGGCACUGCCACCAUGCUACCCACGCCACCAGCAGAAGUAGCAGGGGAAAUCAGGGGACACAAGCAAUGGAGCAUCAGCCAUUUGACCUAAUUGGAUUCCUCCUGUGGUUAUAUCCAUCUGUCUUCAUUGGGCAAAAAGGCAAAUGAAAAUGUCUAAUUUCUUUUGUGCACAGGGAGUUUGAGUUGAUGCAUCACAGACCUACCAGAGGGCAUGUGAGGACUGUCAACAUGAAAUUUGAAACCAAAAUUAAUUGGGAAUUAAAAACCUAAGUUUAUAUCAAACAUUAGUAGAAAGAUACUAGGGGAAUUUGAUGGCAACAACAUUGUAGUUACAUAGAUAUUACUAUGUAGUUAUUGUCAUUACUAUGAAGUUACACGGUAGUGAAUUGUAACCUUGAUGUAAAGUGUUGCUUAUAACGUUGCUAGACCUUUUUUAUUCCAGCAUUUCAUUUGAAUUAUGUGAAUGAUUUCAUAUUUCUAAUCAACCAUUUAGAUAUAUAGCAGAUGAAGACAUUUAAGGAAUGUCUUAAUCUUCACUGAAUGAGGUGUUGUAUUACUUGAAUGGCCCUGGAGACGGUUCAAACAUUUUAAAGUUAGACUAUAUUUUGACAUAACAAAGAAUACUAUAUUUUGCUCAGUGCUUAUACCCAGUGCUCAGUCUACAUUUAACCUGCUCUACCAUGUGUCUCCCAUUUACUGGUUACAUUCAACUUCAUUUAGUUUAGAUGGAAACCAGUCCUGUUUGUCAAAUUUCCGUUUGGCCAACUAAUACCCAUCUAAUAGGUUUUGUGACAAGCACUAAGUUUGAUUUACAAAUUAUGGUUAUUUUGCAAUAGCAGGAUCAUAAACACAUUGUUUUGUAUGUUUGAUAUACAUGUUAACAUGUUUGUAACGUUUCUCAACCUGUACAUUCUGCUUAGGCCAUUACACACUGUCAGUCCAAAAAGGCAAACAUAAUGAAAAAUAUAUACUAGAUUGAAAUGUUUUUACAGAGAAAGAAAUCGUCUAAUUGGAUGUAUUUGUUAAAUAUGAAGCCACCUUUCACCUCACAACCAUAGUGUGCCGUAAAUAAGGACACCCUCUUCUUAAGGAAAGGAAAAACACUUUUUUUCGUCAGAAAUGUUCAACGAACUCAAAAGUGAAAGCAGAAGAGUGGACAACAAAAACAACACAAAUCUGUGUAUGACCUCUGGGUUUGUUUGGAAGCCAGACAAUUUGCUAUUGUCAUGCUGCCGCCGGUAGACGAAUAUUUUGCCAAGGAAACAAAAAAGUUUGCAGUAAAAGCUCAGGUUAAUCGAAACAAAAGUCCCUCUACUAUGAUUGUGCCAGAGCAGCACUAGGACAUGCUUUUCUUUUUUUGUUGCUUUGAUUUUUAACUUGAUUUUAUGCAACAAUUUCUCUGUGCCAGACUUGUCUUCUAAAUGUGCCUUUUUCCUUGAGAGGAGAUUAAAACGUUUUUUGUAAUA